GAUGCUUUCCGUUGAAUCCACUAUUAGCAGCACUCGAGAAUCGGUGCAGCAUUCAUUUGUAGAUAAUAAUUUAAUUCAAAAUAGUGGCAGCUUAUCCAAUAAUUCCCAAGCAAAUGAAGCAGUUUCAGUUAACGAAAGCCUUUCAAUUCGUAAGAGACGUGCUUGUUUUUCGCUUAAAUUCAAAAGGCUUAAUUAUGCUUCAUUCUGUGACAAAACAACGACUCCAGAGAGUGGAGAUGAGAGAGCAGUAAAUAAUGAAGAAAUUGAACGUUUAGUUUCCUCGUCAUCGUCGGCAUAUAACAGUGGAAAUGAAACUUCAAGUGCAGCAGAAAAUACGGAUGAUUCCUCUGGGGAAGAAGAACAACAAAUACAUUUAAAACGUUUACGUUUUGAUUCAGUAAAUAGCCAAAAUAUUUUUGAAACUAUAAAUGAUGUAAAUGAACAACAAAAUGAAGAAGAACAGCAACAAUCUGUCGAGGAAGAGAAGGAAAAUUUACAAAAAGGCAAUUUACUUGAGGAGGAGCGGGCUUUGAAUUCUUCACCACAGACAGAUACACAACUCUACGAUUCUGAUUUAAUUUUGGAAGAUUCAAUAACCGGAAAAUGUUAUGAAUUGACUGGAUCUGGACGAAAUUGCAAAGCUAUAGAUUUGUCUACACAAGAAAUGUGGCAUUGCCAAAUGUUGAAACAAAAUGAAUUUAAUAAUUUAAUGGAGAUUGUUUCACGAAUGAAAAGUGUUUCGAAUUGUUACACUGAAGAAGGGUUUGCAGAAAGGAGCAAUCUUCUGUUACCAUUUGACCAACUUCAAACAUUAAAAAGCAGCAAACACCCUAACAUAAUUUAUGUAAAAAUAAUUUUACUUCGAUUGUCCUAA